CUGCAGUUUUCAUUGAGUUUCAGGGGAAAGAUGGCGAUGUGCGCGACGCUCACGCGCUUCUCCUGCAGUUUCGCGGUGCUUUUGCCCUCUCUGUCUCGAGCUGUCGGGAACCAGAUACUAAGGAGGACGAACAAAUCCAUUUCAAGGACUUUCUGCACGACCUCCUGGCUUUCCCAAGCUCUAAAGUUUACUGACAAACAUGAGUGGGUGCGAGCAGAUGGAGACAUCGGGACAGUUGGGAUCAGCGCUUAUGCUCAGGAAUCUUUAGGUGAUGUAGUGUACUGUGGACUACCUGAAGUUGGAACAAAGCUUCAACCAACAGAGGAAUUUGGUGUGUUAGAGAGUGUGAAGGCCGCUAGCGAGCUGUUCUCACCCCUGAGUGGAGAGGUCACCGAAAUCAACACAGAACUUACAGAGAACCCCAGCCUCAUCAACUCGUCCUGCUAUGAGCGUGGAUGGUUGAUUAAGAUGACGAUAGAAAACCCUGGAGAACUGGAAACUCUGAUGGAUGAAGCUGCUUAUGAAAAAUACAUCAAGUCACUCGAGUAGUUCAGUUGAAUGACCAGUUAGAUUUUAGAGCUAAAAGCUCACUGCUAAUUCUUAUGAUUGUAGAAAUGCGUUUUUGUAUGUUUGAAAGAGCUUUGAGUUUUAGCUAUUUUGAAUAAAUAUUGAAUGUUGGAGUUUUAGCUGAAAUAAAAUGAAGAUGAUAACGGUUUAAAAUCUGUCUUUGUUAUGAUUUACUUUAAUAAACCUACUGAGGUGAGGAUACCUUGAAUCUUCA